AUGGGAUUUGAAUAUUCAACCUGGUCAUUUACUGAAGCGGGCCACGGUAAAGGUGUCGCUGACGGAAUUGGUGGCGCUACAAAAAGAGCAUUAGAUCGCCAAGUGGCAUUUGGUAAAGAUAUAACAAACGGCUCAGAAGCUUAUGAUAUUUUGAAUAAGUGUAUGACAUCUGUGAAAUGCUGGCUGAUACCCAAUUCCGAUAUAGAAAAUUUAACUAAAAUUGUUCCCGACAAUCUAUCUCCUAUAGUUGGUACUAUGCAGAUACACCAAGUUGUUUCAUAUUCUGAAGGUCAAAUUCAAUACAGUUUGUCUUGUUUUUGCGGUGUUGACAGAGGUCUUUGUGAAUGCUACGAAUUGAAAACCCAUAUCUUUAAUAAAAAAAAUGAGAAAGCAUGGAAUGCAAAUAGAUCUAGAGAGGUUCCAGAUCCAAAAGUAUGUUUCCAUGAAGAACAGAUUGAUGAAGAAGAAGACUGCCUUGAAAAUCUACCAUUAGUGGAAAUGGAUGUAAAGAUCUUAGAUAAUUCAGAUUUGAGUAUUGAGCCUAUUCCUUUAUCUGUAGAGAACAAAAUUAACAAGCCGAAUGAUGAAAUUGAAAUGAUUGAUCUAAGUGAUAACGACAAUCAACAAAAAAUUGAUGAAGACUUUGAAGAAGACUUUUUUAAAAACCUACCAUUAGCGGAUAUCGAUGUAAACAUAACACAGGUCUACAAAAUAAAAUAA